GCGACAGGAGCAGGAGCAGGAGCAUGGGCUCCAAGCCAGGAACCUCAGCCUGCUGACUGACUUUCUGCCAGUGGUUCAUGAAAUAUUCUUUUUCUGAUCUGCUGGUGGCGGGAUGGCGCGCGGGCGUUCAGGCCAGAACAAUUGCGGCAGUGAGCGGACCAGGACUCUGUCCGGUGCAGAAACAUACAGCGACCUCAGCAUCCCUUGCCCUGGUCAUCCAGGAACACUGGCAUGUCUCCGGCGUUCUAUCCUUACAGGUACUACUAGGUAUGCAAGGGACGAGGACGCUCUCACAUGGAAACACGCUGGACUUGGCUUCGAAGAGAACAAAGUGAGAAGCUGUCAAUUCCAGCAUAGGCCUGUGGCUGUAGUAAUGAUGGAGUCCAAUGCACUCUCCUUACGUACUUGGUCGUUACCACCUGCCGCAUCCCUGAUCAGACGACUCAAAACCGUCUCCAGUUCGGCCAGAAGCCAAGCUUCGUUGUGCAUCGGAUGUUUAUCUCUGUCUGGCUUCACCCCCGCCUCCUUGCUCAGAACUCUGACCACUCCGAAGCUUGCACAUCCUCAGAUCCCCCAGACGAUUUGCACCAAAAGGUCUUUUUGCUUUUGCCCGCCCUGCCAGUAGCCUUGCGGAUUCAGAGUUUGACGCCACGACGUCUCAAAAUGCCCCAGCACUCCCUGCAACCUUCAAACCUGAAUCACCGGUGCUCCAUGUUUUUGUGGCCGCGUGGUCUUGGUCAAAAGGGAAAGACGUGACGGCGCCAUUGAUUCUUACAGUACUCCAGUAUGACCGCGUUAUGCUUCGCGUUGGCCAAACGAAUCGUGUUUUUUGCGCUGGGAGAAGGCAAACCUCGGUUCACACGUUGCACAAAGUGUGCAAGAGCUCGUACACAUCUGGUGCACAUAUCAACUGCUCUUGAGUUCAUACAGGGGAUCAGUUGUCAUUAUUCGCGCGAGCCUAGUGAUAAACUUAUGAGUAAGGACGAAUAUUUCCUACUGGUGGGAAGGCAGGCUGGAUGAGUUGUUGAUAGGGGCGCCUUCAGAUAGUAAAUAGGUGCUAGAUGCACUUCAUCAAACUCUUCGGCUGAACAUUCAUACGUGCGUCAGUUCCGG